AGUCACUUCUGUGCCCUGGGCGUGAUGAACUAUCAGGAGCUGAGGCCUUUAAUUUAUUUGCACAUUUAUAUGUUGCCCUUCACUACAUAGUAGUGAAUAAGGAUGUUUCCUUUGCUAUACCAGAUAUAAAUAUCUGGUAUAGCAAAGGAGACAUCCUUAUUUGUUCUGGCCCCACGAUAUUAUGCUAGUGUCCACUGCAUUUUUAAACUUACCAAUAAGAAAUCAUUGCAUAUCCUCACAGGGCAGCUGACAAACCUGACAAUUAAAACAAAACUUUUUUUUAAGAAUCUGAAAAAUGACAUGUCAGUAACUCAGUUGCCAUUUUCAUUUCCUCAUGUGUGUGCGUGCUCACACAUGCUUUAGGGACCAGCACUACAACUGCUAUGCUUUUAACAAAAGCAUUCUCUGCUGUACCUGCUGAAAUUAAAGGAAAAGCAGUGCACUUUAACGCUGCCAUGCUAACACUAGUGCACUUUGAGGCUAUGAAGUUGAUAAUGAGCGUAGGAAGGACUGUAAAUAGUCAGAAAAGGGCCUUCUCUGCACAGCAGCUGCAGUGCAGUGAGUAACACGAGAAGCCAAAGCUAGGUUAUUUAUUUGUAGUGAAUGUUGCAUUAUGUAUCUCUGUGGCACAAGGGUAAUCAAAUUCCAGGAAUGCUAUUUGCCUUGUACAAAUACUGUCUCAGGAAGGUCUGGGCUAUUAUAAUCUUAAUCUGCUCUGUCUAUAUUACUGUCUUAUAUGGUUGUGCACAGAAGGUGUUAUUCCCAAUGGCUGAAUUCAUGAAAUAUGGGGUCAACUACUACAGGGUUCUUGUCGUAUCCCUAAUGGCUAUCUGGAAGAAAAUUAUCUUGUUAGAAACAACCUGAUCAAAGAACCUAGAUAACAUGCACCAUAGCUUUUGCCACAUGGGAUAAUCAUAUGAUUGCACUGCAUUUAGAGUGCCAAAACACAGAAACAGAUAUUAAGGCAAUUUGUGAAAAAGUUCUCUUCCAUGUAAGAGAAAGUGUUAAUGCAGAUUUAACCACCUGCCAAGAGCAUUUGGAUUUUCAGGGUAGCAAAGCAGUCAGUGAUCUUCUGUUUGGUCAGUUCUGGUGAAAUGAACUGGAAGGAGAUCAUUCAUUGUGGAGUAGAGCCAUGUUACUGCUGCUAAUUACAUUGUCAUUUUCUGUAUUUUAGAAAUGUGACUAUGCUACCAAUCACUUGCUGCUGUUGGAAUAUCUUGAACAUGCUUGACUCUUCAUUUGAUGCAGUGGUUUUUAAAUAGAAUACCUUUAGAGUACCCUUAUAUUGGGCAGCAGCGAUAUAGCAAUAGCAAUAGCACUUACAUUUAUAUACCGCUCUAUAGCUGGAGCUCUCUAAGCGGUUUACAAUGAUUUAGCAUAUUGCCCCCCAACAUUCUGGGUACUCAUAUAGGAAGAUGCUGAAAGGCAUCAUCUCAUUCUGCAUGGGAGGAGGCAAUGGUAAACCCCUCCUGUAUUCCUCCAAAGAAACCACAGGGCUCUGUGGGUGCCAGGAGUUGAAAUCGACUUGACGGCGCACUUUACUAGAAUACCCUUUCCAUGUCAGCCUGUCUUUUGAGAAUUUGUCAUGUGAUGUAGCUUCUGUAUGUUGCAAAGAACACUAUCCUAAAACAUCCCAUCGGCCUGCCCCCCCAACCACCACACUUGUUAAUUUCUUUCAGGUUCCCCACUGACCCUUGCUAUUAUCCCAUGUGAACAGAGUGUAUGUGUAGGCAUAGAACAUACACAGAACUCUCUUCAGGCCUCUGCACAUUACUAGUUAGUAAAGGCAGGAAAAACGGAGGAGAUCAGUUAUCAAGGUGACACUCUUGAGGAGGAUCCUAAGAAUCCUAGCUUAAAGCUCAUUACUGCUUCAUCCAUGAAAUGUACCAACAAGGAUACCACUGCAAGAUCUUAAAUCCUAUUGGGUUGGAUUCAGAGGAAUCUUCUGCUUUCAGAAGGGCUGUUUUAUACCUUGCACUUUAGGAGCACAGAUUUGAUGCAACUAUUAGCAGAUUCAGGGAAGAAAAGGGGGACGAUUUGGGAUCAAAGUUGCCACUUGUGUCCCUGAAAAUCAGAAAACAACAACGUCCACAUUCCUACUUACUCUCAGCAAGAGAGAAAGUCUUGUGUGAAAGAAAAUGAUGUGACUUUUAUGAAACUGCGGUACAAACCCCUACGUCCCAGUGUGUAGCUAGAUCCAAGAAAACCAAACCCUAUGUAGAGCUACCUACAGUGAAAGAGUGACAUGGAAACUGAAUCGGGAACAGGCAGUGAGAAAUAAAGUCAAGGAAUUAAAAGUGAAUUGUUUCACUGAAACCCUUGGAGCUGCUUUCUUUUUUGAGAUGACAGACUGAUAUAUCGUCACCCAGUUUUAUUUUAUUUUUUAAUUACUGCAUCUAUGUCUGCUUCAUGUUCCUAAUGGGAAAAGAUCAUGGCAACAGAAAAGAUGAAGACCAGGGAUGGCAUCAGGUCAGCCAGGGUAACUGUGCUUCAUGACUAUGUGGGCUGCAGGACGUUUGAGGUGUCGUCUUCAGUGUCUGUAGGAGCCAUCAAAGAAUUAAUUUAUUCAGAGACAGGUUUUCCAGUAACUGAGCAAUGUCUGCACUAUUGCGGAAGAGAGUUAUCAGAUUGUGUCAAGAUUGGGGACCUUCAGCCUUCUCAGAAUCAUGUAUUUCUAAAUCUUUCGUCAAAAGGGCUAAAAGGAGGAGGUCGAUUUGGGCAAACAACUCCACCACUUGUUGAUUUCCUUAAAGAUAUUUUAAGAAGGUAUCCUGAAGGAGGACAAAUUCUAAAGGAAUUGAUUCAGAAUGCAGAAGAUGCUGGAGCCACAGAAGUUAGGUUUCUGUAUGAUGAGACUCAGUAUGGAACAGAGUCUCUCUGGUCUAAAGACAUGGCUCAGUAUCAGGGUUCUGCACUUUAUGUGUACAACAAUGCAGUUUUUACUCCUGAGGACUGGCAUGGCAUUCAGGAAAUUGCAAGAAGUAGAAAAAAAGAUGAUCCUCUCAAAGUCGGAAGAUUUGGAAUUGGAUUUAAUUCUGUUUAUCACAUAACAGACGUCCCAAGUAUAUUCAGUGGUGACCAAAUUGGAAUGCUGGACCCUCACCAAACACUUUUUGGACCCCGUGAAUCAGGUCAAUGUUGGAAUCUAAAAGAUGACAGCAAAGAAAUUAAUGAACUUACAGACCAGUUUACACCUUUUGUUGGUGUAUUUGGAAGCACUAAGGAAACAUUCAAAAAUGGUCACUUCCCUGGAACAUUUUUCCGCUUUCCUCUUCGCCAGCAGCCUUCCCAGCUGAGUAGCAAUCUGUACAACAAGGAAAAAGUUCUAGAAUUGUUUGAAUCCUUCAGAGUGGAUGCAGAUACUGUACUUCUGUUCCUUAAAAGUGUUCAGGAUGUUUCCUUACAUGUUAGAGAAACUGAUGGGACUGAACGACUCAUUUUUAGAGUUACUGCCAGUGAGAACAAAGCUUUGAAGCAUGAAAGACCCAACUCUAUCAAGAUUUUGGGAAGCGCCAUAAGCCAGUAUUGUAAAGGUGUUCCAAGUAAUAGCAUAACAUGUGUGACCUAUCAUGUAAACAUAGUUUUAGAAGAUGAAAGUGUUAAAGAUGCACAGAAAACAUCGUGGCUAGUAUGUAACAGUGUUGGUGGACGAGGAAUAUGUAAUGAGUUGGACUGUUUGGCUGAUGACUUAAAAUAUAUUCCGACUAUUGGUAUAGCUAUGUCUUUAUCAAGCAAUGGAGAAGAUAAAGGAGCCGUAGCACAAUUUUCAGGAAGCGCAUUUUGUUUUCUUCCAUUACCUCCUGGAGAGGAAAGCAAGACAGGUCUCCCAGUACAUGUUAGUGGGUUUUUUGGUCUUACAGAUAACAGAAGGAGUAUCAAAUGGCGAGAGCUUGAUCAGUGGCGAGAUCCAGCAGCCUUGUGGAAUGAGCUCCUUGUGGCCAACAUUGUCCCCAAAGCAUAUGCAACACUCAUACUGGAAGCAAUUAAACGAAUGGAAACGGAAGAGAAUUCAGAUUUCCCUCUUUCAGCUGAGAGAAUUUACAGGUUAUGGCCACAAAAGAGCAAAUUAAAAGUUCACUGGCAGCCAAUUGUAGAACCUCUUUUGAAAGAGUUGUUCCAGAAUGAAGUUAUUUACUCCAUCAGUGAUCACUGGAUAAAGGUGGAGCAAGUAUAUUUCUCAGAAAUGAAUGAGAGCUUGGAAUACACCCAAGCUGUGCUAAACUACCUCCAAGAUUCAGGGAGAGAGGUUGCUAAAGUACCAGAAAAUAUUGCUCAUGCAGUUGAUCUUAUUGUGUCUAGUAUGAGACCUGUGAAAAAAGUGACUCCUGGAACAAUACGGCAGGCAUUAAGAAAAUCUGAGCACAAGGGACCUGCUGUAGAAAAGCUUCAUAUCUUAGAGUUUGUACUAAGUGAUGGAAACUACAGUGAGCUUAUUGGACUGGAGCUUCUGCCCUUACAAAAUGGGGAUUUUGUUUCAUUCUCUUCAUCGGCAUCAGACCAAGAUGCAGUUUACAUAACUUCAGAAAGUUACCCAAGGUCCCUCUUCCCAGGUGUUGAAGGAAGAUUACUUGCUGAUGAUCUGAAGCCUCAAGUUCUGUCUGCUUUGAAGGAAGCUGCCAAAAGCAGAGGAAGACCAUGCACUCAGUUACAGCUUCUGAACCCUGAACGUUUUGCACGGCUCAUCAAAGAAAUUAUGAAUACUUUAUGGCCUAAUAGAGAGAUCAUUGUGCAAUGGUUUCCACUUUCUGAAGAUAAAAAUCAGCCACCUGUUUCAUGGAUUAAAAUGGUAUGGAAGAACCUGUACAUACAUUUCUCUGAAGACUUGUCCAUGUUUGAUGACAUGCCACUUAUCCCAAAGAUGUUAUUAGAUGAAAACCAAGAAGUAGUGGAACUCAUUAGAUUAAAGUCUCCAUCACCAGUUAUUUUAGAUGAUGAUUCUGAAACGCAGCUUCCAGAAUGUUUAGCUGAUAUAAUUGAGCAGCUUGGUGGGAUUGUGCUUAAGAAACUAGACCCUUCUAUACAACAUCCACUUCUAAAGAAAUAUGUACAUGCUCCAUUGCCAAGUGUAGUUUUGCAGAUAAUAGAAAGACUCUCUUUACAGAAAUUGACCAAUCAGGUUGCAUCAUUUUCUACAAUGUACAAAAAUGCUCUUAGGAGCUUCCUUGCUAGUUUAACUGAUAUUACUGAAAAAGAGAAAAGAGUCAUUCAUGACCUAGUAAUAUUUAGGAGAACGGAACAAUCACUUGAUGAAGAAGUUGCUUUUACUGCAUUGAAAGACUGUAAAGUGCUGCACCACACUGCCAAACUUCCACCUGAUAUAAAGCUCUCUGUUUCACUAGUUGAAAGCAGUGAUGAAGCUUCCAUUCGUUUAGUAAAUAUAAUGAAAAUAGAACAGCUAAAGAGCACGGAUUGCAUGAAGUUUAUUUUAAAAGAUAUUGAAAGUGGCUUUUAUUGUAAUGAAGAAGCAACAAAGAUUAUGCUAUGGAUUCUGGAAAAUCUUACUUUCCUCAAAAAUGAAAAUGCAGAAGUGCUAGAUUGGCUGACACCACUAAGAUUUAUUCAGAUUUCAGAAGAAAAGAUGGUGUCAGCCAAUGAACUCUUUGAUCCUGAAGUGGAGAUAUUACAAAAUCUGUUCUAUGGUGAAGAAGAAAACUGCUUCCCCCCUGUGAUUUUUAAAACAUCCCCAGAUAUACUUCAUUCUUUGAGAUUAAUCGGCCUUAAAAGUGAGAGCAACUUGGAAGAGAGAGACAUUUUGUGUGUGGCCCAUAAGAUUGAAAACUUGAAGGACUGUGCUAGUACAGAUCAUGAUGCACUUACAAGAAAAGCAAGAACAUUGUUAAUGAUUUUGAAUAAAAGUUCUUUCUUACUGCAUUCACCUGAAACAAAAGCAACAUUGAAAAAGAUUAAAUGGAUUCCAGCAUGCAAGGAAAGACCUCCAAAUUAUCCAAAUUCAUUAAUUUGGAAAGGUGAUCAUUGUAAUCUAUGUUCACCACCUGAAAUGUGUGAUUUCUCUCAGGCAACUUUAGUAGGGUCCUCUGUUCCUCUUGUAGAAAAUGUCCGGCCAAAUGUUGAAAAAGCGCUAGGUAUCUCCAUCAAACCUAGUAUAAAAUCAGUGUUAAAACACUUUAAAGUAGUAGUAGACUGGCACAGUUCAAAAAAAUUUAGCAAUGAACAUUACUAUCAGUUUCAGCACAUCUUGCUUGAGAUUUAUGGCUUCAUGCAUGAUCACUUAGAUGAAGGUAAAGAAGCUUUUAAAGCCUUGAAGUUUCCUUGGGUCUGGACUGGUAGAACCUUUUGUUUACUUUCUCAAGCAGUGAUAAAAUCAGCACAUGAUCUUGAUCUCCAGCCAUAUCUGCAUAGUGUGCCAAAAACAAUGGCUAAAUUCAACCAGUUGUUCAAAUAUUGCGGGUCAAUUGAGCAGCUGACCCCAGAUCAUGUUUCCAUGGUCAUUCAGAAAAUAUACCUCAAGAGUGAACAGACUCUCACAGAAGAAGAGAGUAAACAAAAUCUUCAUAUUAUGUUGAAUAUUAUACGGUGGUUAUACAGCAGUCAGAUCCCUGCAAGUUUAAAUACACCUGUUCCGCUGCAUUGUAGCAAAAAGCCUUAUAGACUUACAAUGAAACCAAUUCAUGAGUGCUGCUAUUGUGAUAUCAAGGUGGAUGACUUAAAUGAUUUGCUUGAAGAUGCUGUUGAGCCAAUAAUUCUGGUUCAUGAAGAUAUACCCAUGAAAACUGCAGAAUGGUUGAAUGUGCCAUGUCUUAGUACCAGGUUGAUUAAUCCAGAAAACAUGGGAUUUGAGCAGUCUGGUCAAAGAGAACCUCUUACUGUAAGAAUUAAAAACAUUUUGGAAGAAUACCCUUCUGUAUCAGAUAUCUUCAAAGAAUUGCUUCAAAAUGCUGAUGAUGCUAAUGCAGCUGAAUGUAAUUUUUUGAUUGACAUGAGGAGAAAUAAUGACAUUAGAGAAAAUCUUUUGGACCCAGGAAUGGCAGCAUGUCACGGACCAGCCCUGUGGUCCUUCAACAAUUCUGAAUUUUCUGACUCUGACUUCCUAAAUAUAACUCGAUUAGGUGAAUCUCUAAAAAGAGCAGAAGUUGAUAAAGUUGGAAAAUUUGGCUUGGGAUUUAAUUCUGUAUAUCAUAUCACUGACAUUCCCAUCAUUAUGAGCAGAGAGUUUAUGAUCAUGUUUGAUCCAAACAUCAAUCAUCUCAGUAAACAUAUAAGAGAUAAAUCUAAUCCUGGGAUCAAAAUUAAUUGGAGUAAACAACAGAAAAGACUUAGGAAGUUUCCUAACCAGUUCAAGCCAUUUAUAGGUGUGUUUGGUUGUCAGCUCCCAUUGGCAGUGGAGGCACCUUACAGUUAUAAAGGGACACUUUUCAGACUUUCUUUUAGAACUCAACAGGAGGCUAAAGUGAGUGAAGUCAGCACUACUUGCUACAAUACUGCAGAUAUCUAUUCUCUUGUGGAUGAAUUUAGCAUUUGUGGGCACAGAUUAAUAAUCUUUACUCAGUGUGUAAAUUCUAUGGUUUUGAAGUAUUUGAAAACUGAAGAAACCAACCCUGGUGCAGCACAAGAUACAGUGACCAUUAAAAAAAUGCUGUGUUUGUCCAAAGCAAUAGCUACCCCAGCCGAAAGUGUUCUAAAGGAAGCUGCUAAACUUAUGAAAACCUGCAGCAGUAGUACUAAAAAGCUUCCUACAGAAUCUCCCAAGUCCUCGUGCUUAUUGCAAAUAGUAGUAGAAGAGUUUCAUCAUGUAUUCAGGCGAAUUGCUGAUUUGCAUUCUCCAGUUUUUAGAGGGUCAGAUGAUGACAUGCCUUCUUUCUUUGAAAUGGCUAAAUCUGGACAAACAAAAAGGCCUGCUGAUGAAUUGCCACAAAAAACUGUUGAUACAACAACAUGGCUUAUAUGUUCUUGCAUGGAUACUGGGGAGGCCUUAAAAUUCUGUUUACAUGAGAGUGGACGAAGGCUAGGACUUGUCCCAUGUGGUUCAGUAGGAGUUAUGUUGUCUGAAACUCAGGAUAAAAAAUGGACUGUGAAACCCAAUUGCAGCAACUUAGGAGAAGUAUUUUGUUAUUUACCGCUUCGAAUAAAAACAGGCCUGUCUGUUCACAUUAAUGGCUCUUUUGCUGUAACAUCAAAUCGAAAAGAAAUAUGGAAAACUGACACAAAAGGAAGAUGGAAUACAGUGUUCAUGCGAUAUGUCAUUGUAAAAGCGUACUUGGAUGCUCUUGUGGUUUUACGCAAUAUGGCAGUCUGUGGAGAGCUAGAGGAUUACAAUUACUAUGCAGUGUGGCCUGAUCCUGACUUAGUCCAUGAUGAUUUUUCAAUUAUAUGUCAAGGAUUUUAUGAAGAAAUUGCUCACAUGAAAGGCAAAGAAGGAAUCUGCGUGUUCUCUGAUGGGUCAUCUUGGGUGUCCAUGAAAAAUGUGAGAUUCUUAGAUGAUUCACUGUUGAAGCGUCCAGACAUUGGUUCUGCAGCUUUCAAGAUUUUUCUCAAAUACCUUAAAAAAACUGGCUCAAAAAAUCUCUGUGCAGUAGACCUUCCUUCUUGGGUCAAAGGUGGCUUUGAAGAAGCUGGAUGUAAACAAGUAUUACUAGAGAAUACAUUUUCAGAGAGACAGUUCUUUUCGGAGGUGUUUUUUCCAAACAUUCAAGAGAUUGAAGCAGAGCUCCGCAAUCCUUUAAUGCACUAUGUUUUAAGUGAAAAGGUUAGCGAGUUCUCAGAGAUUAUUUGUGUUACUCCAUGUAUUCCUUGUUCUUUGAAUGAAUGUCCUCUGGUGGAGCCUUCAAGACUGAUCCAUCCUGAAGGUCGAGUUGCAAAGUUGUAUGAUAAAAAAGAUGGAAGAUUUCCCCAUGGCACCAGUCAAGAUUACCUUAAUCCAAUAAUUUUGGUCAAACUAGUUCAGUUAGGCAUGGUUAAAGAUGAUAUUUCAUGGGAAGACCUGAUUGAACGUGCAGAGUCAGUAGCAGAAAUUAACAAGACUGAUCAUGCUUCAGCUUGUCUCAGAAGCAGUAUAAUAUUGAGUCUCAUAGAUGAAAAACUUAAGCACAGAGAUCCUAGAGCUAAAGAAUUUGCUGUAAAAUUUCAGACAAUACCUUUUCUUCCAUUUCUCACAAAACCAGCAGGCUUCUCAUUGCACUGGAAAGGCACUGAUUUUGAACCAGAAACAAUGUUUUCAGCAAUGGACCUCUUCACUGCUGAUUACCAAGACAUAGUUUGUCUCUUAAAACCAAUUCUUAAUGAAAAUUCCCAUUCCUUUAAGGGUUGUGGAAGCAUUUCUUUGGCAGUUAAAGAUUUUUUAGGCUUGCUUAAGAAACCAACUGUCACUAUGGUUAUAAGUCAGUUGAAAGAAGUUGCAAAGUCCUUUGAUGGAAUUACUUUAUAUCAGGAAAAUAUCACCAAUGCUUGCUAUAAAUAUCUUCAUGAAGCACUUCUACAAAAUGGAGCGACAAAAGCCAUCAUCACUGAAGAAUUGAAAAACUGUAGCUUUAUUCUUGUUGAAAAUGGCUAUGUUGGUCCCACAAAGGUGUCUUUUCAUCUGAACUUUGAGGCAGCACCAUAUCUCCAUCAACUUUCAAACAAAUACAGAAAUAGUUUUCGUGAGUUGUUUGAAAGUGUGGGUGUGCGUCAUGUUUUUACAGUGGAAGAUUUUGCUCUAGUUCUUGAGUCAGUCAAUCAGGAAAGAGGAACUAAACCACUGACUGAAGAAAAUUUCCAGCUUUGUAGAAGACUAAUCAGUGAAGGAAUAUGGAGUCUCAUUAGAGAAAAGAAGCAAGAAUUUUGUGAAAAAAAGUAUGGUGAUAUUUUAUUACCAGAUACUUACCUUGCCCUUCUGCCUGCUAAUUCUUUGUGUUACAAUGACUGUCCUUGGAUAAAAGUGAAAGAUACAACUGUAAAGUAUUGCCAUUCUGACAUCCCUAGAGAGGUAGCAGUAAAGCUUGGGGCUGUACCCAAGCGACACAAAGCAUUAGAAAGAUAUGCAUCGAACAUCUGCUUCACAACUCUUGGAACUGAAUUUGGACAGAAAGAAAAAUUGACAAGCAGAAUUAAAAGCAUUCUUAAUGCAUAUCCAUCAGAAAAGGAAAUGCUGAAAGAGCUCCUUCAGAAUGCUGAUGAUGCAAAGGCUACAGAAGUCUGUUUUGUGUUUGACCCUCGGCAACAUCCAGUUGAUAGAAUAUUUGAUGAAAAAUGGUCACCACUCCAAGGGCCUGCACUGUGUGUCUUCAACAAUCAGCCUUUUACUGAAGAUGAUGUCAGAGGAAUUCAGAACCUUGGAAAAGGCACUAAAGAAGGCAAUCCAUGUAAAACUGGUCAAUAUGGCAUAGGAUUCAAUUCUGUGUAUCACAUAACUGAUUGCCCUUCUUUCAUUUCUGGUAAUGAUAUACUUUGUAUUUUUGAUCCCCAUGCUAGAUAUGCACCAGGUGCAACAUCAAUUAGUCCUGGACGCAUGUUUAGAGACCUAGAUGCUGACUUCAGAACACAGUUCUCAGAUGUACUAGACCUCUAUUUAGGAGCUCACUUUAAACUUGAAAACUGUACUAUGUUUAGGUUUCCACUCCGAAAUGGAGAAAUGGCAAAAGUUUCAGAAAUUUCCUCAGUGCCAUGCUCUGAUAGAAUGGUGCAAAAUCUUCUAGAUAAGCUGCGGACAGAUGGAGCCGAACUCUUGAUGUUUUUGAACCACAUGGAAAAAAUUUCCAUUUGUGAAAUAGAGAAAACAACUGGGGCACUUAAUGUGUUAUAUUCUGUAACAGGCAAAGUAACAGAUGGAGAUCGACUGAAACGAAAGCAAUUCCAUGCUUCUGUAAUUGACAGUGUAACUAAGAAGAAACAGCUUAGUGAGAUACCUGUGCAACAAAUCACUUACAGCAUGGAUACUGAAGACUCUGAAGGUAAUCUUACAACCUGGUUAAUUUGCAACAGGUCAGGUUUUUCAGCCAUGGAAAAAGUAUCUAAGAGUGUUGUAUCAGCUCAUAAGAAUGAAGACAUUACCCUUUUUCCAAGAGGAGGAGUUGCUGCAUGCAUUACUCACAACUAUAAAAAACCCCACAGGGCAUUUUGUUUCUUACCUUUGUCUUUGGAAACUGGAUUACCAUUUCAUGUGAAUGGACACUUUGCUCUGGAUUCUGCCAGAAGAAAUCUGUGGCGUGAUGAUAAUGGAGUUGGAGUACGAAGCGACUGGAAUAAUAGUUUAAUGACAGCAUUGAUAGCACCAGCCUAUGUUGAACUUCUGAUUCAGCUGAAAAAACGUUAUUUUCAAGGGACCGAUCCAACAGUGUCAGUACUACAAAAUGCUUCUAUGCAUAUUGUGAAAGAUACUUUAAAAAAGUUUCUAUCCUUCUUCCCAGUUAACAGGCUUGACCUGCAGCCUGAUUGGUAUUGCUUAGUGAAAGCAGUUUACAGUUGCAUUCAUGAGGAGGCAAAGCGUCUUUUACCUGUUGUGCGAGCUCCAAACAUUGAUGGCUCUGAUUUACAUUCUGCAAUUAUCAUUACUUGGGUUAAUAUGUCUACCUCAAACAAAGCUAGGCCAUUCUUUGACAAUUUGCUACAAGAUGAGUUGCAACACCUCAAAAAUGUAGAGUACAACAUCACAACACGCAAAACAGUAGCAGAAAAUGUGUAUCGACUCAAACAUCUACUUUUAGAAAUUGGCUUCAACUUGAUCUACAGCUGUGAUGAAACUGCAAAUCUUUAUCACUGUCUUGUUGAUGCAGACAUUCCUGUGACCUAUGUGACUCCUGCUGAUGUCCGAUCAUUUUUGAUGACAUUUUCCUCUCCAGAUUCUAAUUGUCACAUUGGAAAGCUGCCUUGUCGUCUUCAGCAAACAAAUUUAAAACUUUUCCACAGCCUGAAACUACUUGUUGACUAUUGUUUUAAAGAUGCAGAAGAAAAUGAAAUUCACAUUGAGGGAUUACCCUUGCUUAUCACUCUUGACAGUGUGUUGCAAGUUUUUGACUCAAAACGCCCAAAGUUCUUAACAACCUAUCAUGAACUGAUUCCAUCUCGUAAAGAUCUGUUUAUGAACACUCUCUAUUUGCGGUACAGCAAUAUUUUACUUAAAUGUAAUGUAGCAAAAGUCUUUGAUAUCACCAGCUUUGCUGAUCUCUUGUCUUCUGUGUUGCCAAGAGAAUACAAAGCCAGAGGUUGUAUGAGAUGGAAAGAGAACUUUGCAAGUGAAUCCUGGCUUAAGAACACAUGGCAUUUUAUCAGUGAAUCUCUGAAUGCCAAAGAUGACCAGGAAGAUGCAAAACCAACAUUUGAUGAUGUUGUUGAUACUUUGAAGGACUGGGCACUGCUACCAGGUACAAAAUUUACUGUCUCCUCCAAUCAGCUUGUUGUACCAGACUGUGAUGUUUUGCUUCCUCUUAGUCUUAUGCAUAUAGCUCUCUUUCCCAAUUCUCAAACUGAUAAAGUUUUUCAUGCUUUAAUGAAAACUGGCUGUAUUCAGCUUGCUUUGAACAAAAUUUGUUCCAAGGACAAUGCUCUAGUACCCCUGUUGUCAGGACAUACAGCAAAUAUAGAUAACCCUUCAAGCAUCCUAAGAGCUAUACAUUACAUGAUUCAAACAUCAACAUUCAAGACUGAAAAACUAGCUGAAAAUGACUUUGAAGCCCUUUUAAUGUACUUUAAUUGCAAUCUAAAUCAUCUGACAUCCCAGGAUGACAUUAAAAUUUUAAGAUCUCUUCCAUGCUAUAAAUCCAUCAGUGGACGAUACAUAAGCAUUUCAAAAUGUGGGGCAUGUUAUGUACUCACAAGAAGUAUCCCUUCAGUUGAGGUGGAUAAAUGGACACAGUCAACUUCAACUGCCUUUCUUGAAGAGAAAAUCCACUUAAAAGACUUGUACACUGUGCUUGGAUGCAUUCCAGUAGAUGACCUUGAAGUUUAUUUGAAGCACCUCUUACCAAAGAUUGAAAGUCUGUCUUAUGAUGCAAAACUCGAACAUCUUAUUUACUUAAAGAACAGGCUCUGCAGCAUUGAAGAAUCAUCAGAAAUAAAGGAACAGCUGUUUGAAAAGUUGGAAAGCUUUCUGAUCAUUCAUGAUGCAUGUAAUAGACUAAAGCCUGCAAAGCAUUUUUAUGACAGGACUGUAAGAGUUUUUGAAGUUAUGCUUCCAGAAAAACUGUUCAUACCUCAAGAUUUCUUUAAGAAACUGGAACAACUCACAAAGCCCAAGAAUCGUGCUGCAUUUCUUACAUCAUGGGUAGCAUUUCUCCGAAAUAUGGGAUUAAAAUAUGUUAUUUCCCAGCAGCAAUUACUGCAGUUUGCAAAAGAGAUUAGUAUGAGAGCUAACACUGAAAAUUGGACUAAAGAUACACUGCAGAAUACAGUGGACGUCAUCCUUCAUCAUAUAUUUCAAGAACGAACGGAUUUGUUCUCUGGAAACUUCCUUAAGGAAUUAUCUUUAAUUGCAUUCUUGUGUCCAGAACGUGCUCCUGCAGAAAUUGUCAGAUUUCAUCCACAGUAUCAAGAGGUUAAUGGAACACUCCCUCUUAUAAAGUUCAGUGGAGCCCAAGUAAACCCUAAAUUCAAACAGACAGAUGUUUUGCAGCUUCUGUGGACUUCAUGUCCCAUCCUUCCAGAAAAAGCAACACCAUUAAGUAUCAAAGAACAAGAAGGAAGCAUUCUUGGUCCACAAGAACAACUUGAGCAGGUUUUGACUAUGCUUAAUGUCAAUUUGGAUCCUCCUUUGGACAAAGUUAUAAAUAACUGCAGAAAUAUAUGCAAUAUAACAACUUUGGAUGAGGAUAUGGUAAAAACAAGGGCUAAGGUCCUAAGGAGUAUAUAUGAAUUCCUCAGUACAGAGAAAAAAGAAUGCCGGUUUCAGCUUCGAGGGGUUACUUUUGUGAUGGUUGAAGAAGGUUGGAAGCUGUUGAAGCCUGAGGAAGUAGUAAUAAAUCUUGAGUAUGAAUCUGAUUUUAAACCUUACCUUUACAAGCUUCCAUUAGAACUUGGCACCUACCACCAAUUAUUUAAACACUUAGGUACUGAAGACGUUAUUUCAACAAAGCAGUAUGUUGAGGUUUUGAGUCGUAUAUUCAAGAACUCUGAAGGAAAACAGCUUGAUCCUAACGAAAUGCGUACAGUUAAGAGAGUUGUUUCUGGCCUGUUUAAAAGCCUUCAAAAUGAUUCUGUUAAGGUGAGAAAUGACCUUGAAAAUGUGCGAGAUCUUGCUCUUUACCUUCCCAGUCAAGAUGGUAGAUUGGUAAAAUCAAGCAUCUUAGUUUUUGAUGAUGCACCACAUUACAAAAGUAGAAUACAAGGAAACAUUGGUGUGCAAAUGCUGGUUGAUCUUAGCCAGUGUUAUUUAGGGAAGGACCAUGGUUUUCACACUAAACUGAUAAUGCUAUUUCCUCAGAAAUUACGACCUCGUCUUCUCAGCAGUAUCCUUGAGGAGCAGUUAGAUGAAGAAUCACCAAAAAUGUGUCAAUUUGGAGCACUUUGUUCUCUUCAGGGAAGACUCCAAUUAUUGCUAUCUUCUGAACAGUUCAUCACAGGACUUAUUAGAAUUAUGAAACAUGAAAAUGACAAUGCGUUUUUAGCCAAUGAAGAAAAAGCCAUAAAACUUUGCAAAGCCUUGCGAGAAGGCUUGAAAGUUUCUUGUUUUGAGAAGUUGCAAACUACACUAAGGGUUAAAGGGUUUGCUCCUAUUCCUCACAGCAGAAGUGAAACCUUUGCUUUUUUAAAGAGGUAUGGAAAUGCGGUGAUACUGCUCUAUAUACAGCACUCGGACAGUAAAGACAUUAAUUUCCUUCUGGCAUUAGCAAUGACCCUCAAAUCUGCAACGGAUAAUCUGAUUUCGGAUACUUCCUAUUUAAUUGCCAUGUUGGGGUGCAACGAUAUUUAUAGAAUUAGUGAGAAGCUUGACAGUUUGGGUGUGAAAUAUGACUCGUCAGAACCAUCAAAACUUGAACUACCUAUGCCUGGCACUCCUAUACCCUCUGAAAUUCACUACACACUACUUAUGGAUCCAAUGAAUGUUUUUUAUCCUGGUGAAUAUGUUGGUUAUCUUGUUGAUGCUGAAGGGGGUGACAUAUAUGGGUCAUACCAUCCGACCUAUACGUAUGCUAUCAUUGUGCAAGAAGUAGAAAAGGAAGAUGAUGAAAAUUCCAGUUUCCUAGGCAAGAUUUAUCAAAUUGACAUUGGAUACAGUGAGUACAAGAUAGUAAGCUCUCUUGACUUGUACAAAUUCUCAAGACCUGAUGAGAGUUCUCAGAGCAGGGACAGUGCACCAUCUACUCCAACAAGUCCUACAGAAUUUCCAUCACAUGGACCAAGGACAAUUCCUCCUCUUUUUCCUGGAAGGGAGAGUCACAAAUCAUCCUCUUCGUCCUCAUCUAAACAUCAUUCUCCCAAAAAGAUUAAAGCAAAUUCUCUGUUAGAAAUUUUAAGGGAAGUGACAUCAGUGGUGGAACAAGCUUGGAAACUUCCAGAAUCUGAAAGGAAAAAGAUCAUAAGACGACUAUAUCUAAAGUGGCAUCCAGACAAAAAUGCAGAGAACCUUGAAAUAGCCAAUGAGGUUUUCAAACAUUUACAAAAUGAGAUCAACAGGUUAGAAAAGCAGGCUUAUAUAGACCAAAAUGCAGAUAGGGCAUCCAGACGAACAUUUUCAUCCUCGGCUUCUCGAUUUCAGUCAGACAAAUUUUCUUUUCAAAGAUUUUACACUUCAUGGAACCAAGAAGCAACCAGCCACAAAUCUGAAAGGCAACAAUCUAAAGAAAGAUGUCCAUCUUCUACCGGUCCUUCAUACUCUCAGCGAUUUUUUGUGCCACCUACAUUUAAGUCAGUUGGGAAUCCUGUUGAGGCACGUAGGUGGUUGAGACAAGCUAGAGCAAAUUUCUCAGCUGCAAGAAAUGACCUUCAUAAAAAUGCCAAUGAAUGGGUGUGCUUUAAAUGUUACUUGUCUACCAAGUUAGCCUUGAUUGCUGCUGAUUAUGCAGUAAGGGGUAAGUCAGAUAAAGAUGUUAAACCAACUGCACUAGCACAGAAAAUUGAGGAAUAUAGCCAACAACUUGAAGGUCUUGCAAAUGAUGUGCACACAUUGGAAGCAUAUGGGGUGGACAGCUUAAAAACACGCUAUCCUGACCUCCUUCCUUUCCCACAAAUUCCGAAUGACAGGUUCACUUCUGAAGUUGCUAUGAGGGUGAUGGAGUGUACAGCAUGUAUUAUAAUAAAACUUGAAAAUUUUAUACAGCAAAAGGUAUGAAAGAGGUUAAAGAGAUGGUGGAUUUGUAUGUGCACACCAUCUCUUCAACCACAGUUUUCUCUAUGCUGCUUUUUGGUGACAUGUUACUGAAGAUGUCUCAUGCACUCAGCCAUGUGGCACUGUAUGGUAGGAGUACAAGUGCUCUGACAUGCAUAGAAAAAAAUAAGAGUACGUCCGGGUUUAUCCUUGCUAGCAAGAGCUAUAUAUGAAAUAUGAUGGAAUAAAAUGUGAUUUACUUGUGCAGUUACUGUACUUCAGAGGCUAUACAGUUUCUAGCAGCUUAUAGAUACAGUGCAUAUAUUUCAGUGGUACUGAGGUCCAAACUAGACAUUUGGGGGCAGACAGUGGGUCAUUGCUGAAGAGCUGCAAAACAGCAGGAGGAAAGCAUGAUUAACAAUAGAGAAGUGUCAGGAAGGGAAGGAGCACUUAACCCUUUCCUAGUCCAACUCUUUCUCCUGUAAUCUCCCUUUCCAUUGCCCUUGCUGCUCUUGGAUGACAACCCUGGUCAGUUAAAGAAUAUCUAGUUCAUCUCCAAGGUACAUAGGAUUUAAAUUUAAUUUACAUAAAUUAUGUACAUAAUUUAAAAACAAAAAAACUGAGCCUAUGAUUAGCAAAACUGUGGAACAUAUAUUUAAAUAUUUGCAGGAAGACUGAGCUGUAAAAUGUGGUUAUGUACAGUGAUGAAAUUUACAGGGCUGAACUGCACUUUAUGUAACCAAAGCUUAGGAUUAUGGUCGGUAAAAGCUGUAUGUGUGUGUAUAUAUACCAUCAAACUUGUAUCCAUUCAAUGUUAUGUUUCCAAAAGGUGUCAUUUUUCAGUGUACUAAUAUAAGGGUGGGUAUGUUAUCCUUUUUAACAAAUUCAAAAAUCUUUGGAGAAGAGUCAUUGCAGAGUAUUCUGUAAUUUAUUUGUUUGUCAUGGACAUUCAUUUCACUGAGAGUAAUACUAUCUGCUGGAUCUGAUAGAUUUGCUGCAGUCUUACAUCAGAGGUUGCUAGGGGACCUUUGACACAGCACAGUAUUUUAAUUCUGAAUGUUUAAUGACUUCCACACAAGACAUACUUUCCUUAUAAUCUACUUUACACCUUUUUGACAUUUUUACAUUUCUUGUUUAACAAGAAUUGCAAGUGUAUAACCUAGAAAUGUACUUCAUUUUCUGUAAGGUUUUUGAAACUGCACACCAAAUCUUAUUUUUUCACAAGUCGCGUUACUUCAACUUUUUCAUUUAUAUAUUUCCAUGAGCCACCUUUGGAAAUAGUAUAACUUGAUCAAGCAUUUUGGUAUACAGUGGGGUAAUUUUUUUUUAAUUACAUACUAAAUGGUGCUGCAAUGUUUUGCUUUUUCGUUUUGUCUCACACUGUGGCACAUGAGAUGUCUGAUUUUAGUUCAUACACUUUCUUUUAUAAAUUGUAAUACUUUUGAUAAUGCCAUGUAAAUUAUUCAAUAUUUGUAAGAAAAAUCAUGAAAAUGUAUAAAAUAAAACUGCUGCAUUUAGUAUUAUGUUCUGCUAUUACCUAAUUGUCAUAACUAUUUACUUGAUCAGUGCACUGAAAUUAUAAUUUCAUUUAAAGAAUGUAAAACUAAAGGAGUAAGAUGAGCUUUGAGAAAUUACAACCAAAAUUAUUGCAGUAGAAAAGAAAAAAUGUUGAUAAAAGCUCUUCAAUUAAAUGUAAAUAAUAAAGGGCUUUUUAUGUGGAAAGUAACUCAGCAAAUUCUAGACUUUGAAAGCUUACUUCUGGUUGCAAAGCCAUGUGAUAAUGGCACUUAACCACAGAAAUAAAGUAAUUUUAAUAAUAAAUCUGAA